CUGGCCCUCCUAAGUUCAGCUGGCCCAGCCCCAUUAUUUCUUGCGUUAUCGUCCAAGGUUAGGAUUAUCACACUUAAUGACGUUCGGAAUUUUCAGGCGGAACGAGAGGCGAACGAAUUGCGAGCUCAGAAGGAAGAAGAGGAAAAGGCCAAGAGAAUACUGGAAGCCAAGGAAGCAGAAGCAGCGGUGGCAUAUGCACAGUCUCAACAAGCUUAUAUAGCCCAUCAUCAAGCUGCAUUGGAGAAGGAGCAACAUCGAAUCCAGGCCCAGCAAAAAGCUGCACAACUGGCUGCUCAAGUUGUUGUUCAGCAGCAGCAACAGCAAUUUGUCCCCCAGCAUGUUACCCAAGUACCUGGACAAGUAGCUCAUGGACCAGGUGAUUUAAAUGCUGAAAAUGUCUUCAAAGAAAUGGUGAAUGUUGUAAUGGGAGGAGCGGCUGCUGCAUUGGGUACAAGUCAGUUAUUGAUUCUUGAAACGGUCACCCAACAACCACCUCCAUCCAUGCCUGGAGCACCCGGUCCUGCUGGACCGCCACCACAACUUUGGGGCAACACUAAAGUGACAUACGACAUGAAGGAGUGUACUUUCUUGAAACGUCGGCGUACAGCAGGGGUUCACGUGUACGGCACGGGGAAAAGCGAAGACAUGGAUGCAUCAAGAGUACUUAGGAAAAGGAAUGAGAGCUCAUUCAUGAUUAAGACGAAUGCAUAG